AUGGCGCUCAACAAAAGCUCGGAUUCACUAGAUCCUCCGCAAUCGAGGUUUGUGUCAAAUCCAUCCUGCCCACCCCACCCGGGUUCGUCCCGUCCCGUCGAGGGGGAGGGCGCGAAACUCCUCCUUUUUGUCAGUGUCCUCGUUGGAGCGCCUAAAGCCAGAACAAACCAACCAGAUGUUGUGGAGGGGGGUGCUGUCUACUACUGUCCCUGGAAUCUCGGCAGCAACAGCUGCACGCCCAUCGAAUUUGACAGCAGCAAAGGAUCCCGCACAGAAGAUUUUAAUGGGACAAUGGAGCAAAUGGAGUUCAAAUCUCUGCAGUGGUUUGGAGCCACAGUGCGAUCACAUGGCAGCUCUAUCUUGGCCUGCGCCCCUCUCUACAGCUGGCGAACAAACAAGGACGAGCCUCAGCGUGAGGUUGUGGGCACUUGUUACCUCUCGGUCAACAACUUCACCAAGUUUGUGGAAUAUGCACCUUGCCGUUCAGACCUGAACUCAGCUCGUGGGCAAGGCUACUGUCAAAGUGGAUUUAGUGCUGAAUUCACAAAGAGUGGACGAGUUCUUCUCGGUGGCCCAGGAAGCUACUUCUGGCAAGGCCAGGUGCUAUCGGCAACACAGGAUGCCAUUGAAGAGUCCUAUUACCCUGAAUAUUUAAUCCUGGUAGUUAAAGGGCAGCUGGAGACCCGGCAAGCUCACAUCAAUGCUGAUGACAGUUACUUGGGCUACUCUGUGGCUGUAGGGGAAUUCAGCGGAGACUCCACUGAAGAUUUUGUGGCAGGCGUUCCUAAAGGAAACCUGACUUAUGGAUACGUUACAGUUCUAAACGGGAGUGACAUUCGGCCCUUGUACAACUUUUCUGGAGAACAGAUGGCAUCCUAUUUUGGGUAUGCAGUGGCUGCCACUGAUCUCAACAGUGAUGGCCUAGAUGACUUGCUAAUUGGUGCCCCCUUGUUUAUGGAGAAAACAGAAGAUGGUCGAGUGCAAGAGGUGGGCAGGGUCUACAUCUACCUGCAACAGCUGUACGGCAUGGAGUCAAGCCCUUCGGCCAUCCUGACCGGUCACCAGGAGUUUGGUCGCUUUGGCAGUGCUAUUGCCCCACUCGGAGACCUCAACCAGGAUGGCUAUAAUGAUGUAGCCAUUGGAGCCCCAUUUGGCGGCAAGGCCCAACAAGGCGUAGUCUACGUGUACAAUGGCCGGCAUGAUGGACUGCACCCCAAACCUUCCCAGGUGUUGCAAGGCCACUGGCCUGCCAGCCAGAGCCCUGACUUUUUCGGGUUUGCUUUGCGUGGAGCCAAAGACCUGGAUGGAAAUGGCUACCCAGAUCUGAUUGUAGGGGCCUUUGGAGUGGACACAGCCAUGGUUUACAGGGGUCGCCCCAUUGUUCACGCUAGUGCCACCCUCAGCAUUUUCCCCACCAUGUUUAACCCUGAGGAGCGAGCUUGCAUCCUGGAGGGCACAGGAACACCAGUUGCUUGCAUCAACCUGAGCUUCUGCCUGAAUGCCUCUGGGAAGCACGUGCCUGAUUCCAUUGGGUUCACUGUGGAACUGCACCUUGACCGUCUCAAGCACAAAGGGGCAGUGAAGCGGGCACUUUUCCUGCGUUCCCAGGAGCCCCAUCUGGUCCAGACUCUCCAACUCCGCAAUGGCGCCAGCUCUGAAUGCCGUGAGAUGAAGAUCUACCUCAGGGGUGAGUCAGAAUUCCGUGACAAGCUCUCCCCCAUCCACCUGUCGCUCAACUUCUCUCUGGAUCCAGAGGCCCCGUCGGACUCGCAUGGCCUGCAACCCAUCCUCAACUACCUCACGCGCAACCACAUUGAACAAAAGGCUCAGAUACAGCUUGAUUGUGGUGAAGACAACGUCUGUGUCCCUGACCUCCAGCUUGAAGUUUUGGGGGACCACUCCGUCGUUUACCUAGGAGACAAGAAUGCGCUGAACCUCUCGUUCCACGCACAGAACCGCGGAGAAGGGGGUGCCUACGAGGCUGAACUCCAUGUUAUAAUCCCACCUGAGGCAGACUACAUCGGAGUGUUACGGAACCAUGGGAACCUGUCCGGCCAGAGCUGCAACUACGACACAGUGAACGAAACCAACAUGGUCAUCUGUGACCUUGGCAACCCAAUGAAGGCGGGCAUUAGCCUGUGGGGUGGCCUGCGCUUCACUGUGCCUCGCCUCGUUGAUGCUAAGAAAUCCAUCCAAUUUGACUUCCAGAUUCACAGCAAGAAUGCAAACAACUCCCACAGCGAGGUGGUGUUCUUUCCUCUGCGUGUCGAGGCGGCCCUUCGUAUUUCAGCCCACGGGGCUUCUAUGCCAGAUGCAGUGUCUCUUCCAGGGUCUGGAUGGGUCCCGGGUCGAUCAGUGCAGCGAGAACAAGAUGUGGGCCCCGGCGUAUGCCAUGUCUAUGAGUUUGUGAAUGAGGGACCAAGUGCCAUUAGCGAGGGCAUCUUAGACAUCAGCUGUCCACUCCGAAUGCAAGGGCGAGCAGUGAUGUACGUGACACGCUACAUGAUCGCAGCAAAUUGUACCUCCAGCCAUCCCGUCAACCCAUCACGCCUCCAGCUGGAGCAGCCACCAACCCCUUUUCCCUGGCAGGAGCCGCAUUAUGUGCAGAAACAAGAUGGAGGAGGCUGGAGCAGCGGGUCCGGUGGGAACAGCUUUAGUCUGAAAUGUACCGAGGAGGAGUGUUUCCAGCUACGCUGCCACACGGGGGCGCUACAACGGCAAGAAAGUGUCAGCUUGCGCCUCUAUUUCCGCAUCUGGUCCAAGAGCUUCCAGCAGAAAGAAAACAAUCCCCAGAGUGUUCAGUGUGAAGCAGUAUACCAUGUGCAGAAAGUGCCCUACAAGAUUCAGCCUUUAGAGCACACCUCUGCCCACCACAAGGUGUCGACAUCGCUUCAUUGGGCAAAGGCAGAGACCAGCCAAGGGGUUCCUCUCUGGAUCAUCAUCUUAGCCAUUCUGAUUGGACUGCUGCUCCUGGCACUGCUCAUCUAUGUAUUAUACAAGCUGGGCUUUUUCAAGCGCUCACUUCCUUAUGGCACCGCUAUGGAGAAGGCCCAGCUGAAACCACAGGCCGCUUCAGAGGCCUAGCAUGCCCAGCCUUGCCCUCCGCAGAGGUGUGUUGUUGUUGCUGCCCUGCAAAGAGGCACCCAGGAGGGAUUGCCUUGCCACGCACGGUGGGGAGGCGAGCACAGCCAACACCAGAAGGGCAAAGAAGGGCCAUGCCGCAGAUGCUGGACCCCGACGGACUGAUGCAGAGAGACCAGCGUGCGAGGCACCUCUGCCUCACCAUGAAGGAGGAUCCAGGCUUUUGAGGCUCAGCGCCCUCCCUUCUUCCCCCCCCUCCGUUCCCUGGGGCUCCGAUCCUACAAACACGUUGUGCCUUGACUGGGUUUGCGGCAGGCACUCACUCCCAGCCAAAGGGAAUACUUGAAGCCGCUGGUGCGGCCGGUGCUGGCCUGUUCUCAGGCCCCCUCUGUCAAGCUGUCUGUUCCGUCCAUUGGUGAGGAAGGAGGUGCUGUACCAGACAGUCUCCAAGCUGCCAGUCUCCUUGGAAAGGCCAUAGCUUGGCUGGAAGGCAGGAAGGAAUAAAGGAAAGGAGGAAAGAAAGAAAGAAAGAAAAGCACAAUCGCUUCCUGAGUUCAGCUUCUCCUCCACUGGCCAGAGCAGAGGAUCCUGGGGGAUGACCUGGGACAGAGACUUAAGCUGGGAAAGCCAGAUGCUCCUGCAAUGCCAAAGAUUUGCCGCGUUAGGAAGCCAAGCCAUCAGCCGGUGUCGGCCCGGACUUGCCGACGGUCUUCGCACUGAUCUCCGGAAACUGCUAGAGAUUUUAUUUUUCAGAUGCCACUUUAAUAAAAAGAAGGAGGAGAGAAAGAAAUUAGGAGGCUGCUGCCGUGUGUCCCUCCUAGCAAAGACUGGGUUACUGUUUUUAAUUUAAAUGUCCAAUGUGCAAUAAAUGCUUCCAUAUUUUCCACAUCAUC